UCACCCCCCCCGGGCCCCCCGCCCCGCGGACGUUGGGUUUCCCCGUGAGGGAAGGAGCGCGUGCGCGGCCCGCGCCGGCCUUGCAGAUUUCCAUGAGGACACCUUUCAAGGACCUGAAUGGCCUCGUGGUAGCUACUUCAGAGAUUGGAGCAGAAGCCUCCCCCGUUCUCUGUGCCCGGUGUGACAGUGGCUACUAAGAGCCAUGAAAGUGAUUCCCGAAAAGAAUGCCGUCCGGAUACUGUGGGGCCGGGAACGGGGCACGCAGGCCCUGGGGACGCAGCGACUUCUGCAGGAGCUGGUGGAGGAUAAAACACGAUGGAUGAAAUGGGAGGGCAAGAAAGUAGAACUGCCUGACAGUCCUCGUUCCACCUUCUUACUGGCCUUCAGCCCAGACAGGACUCUCAUGGCCUCUACCCACGUGAACCACAACAUCUAUAUCACCGAGGUGAAGACAGGCAAGUGUGUCCAUUCUCUGGUCGGACACCGUCGCACACCCUGGUGUGUGACCUUUCAUCCCACCAUUCCGGGCCUCAUUGCUUCUGGCUGCCUAGACGGGGAGGUUAGGAUUUGGGAUUUACAUGGUGGCAGUGAAAGCUGGUUCACGGAUAGCAACAAUGCCAUCGCCUCCUUGGCUUUUCACCCCACGGCUCAGCUCCUGCUGAUCGCCACAGCCAACGAGAUCCACUUUUGGGAUUGGAGCCGGCGGGAGCCCUUCGCCGUGGUGAAGACGGCCAGCGAGAUGGAGCGGGUUCGGCUGGUGAGAUUUGAUCCCCUCGGACACUACUUACUCACAGCGAUUGUUAAUCCUUCCAACCAGCAGAGCGACGACGAGCCGGAGCUGCCCGUGGACAGCGCGGAGAUGCCGCACUACCGCCAGCGCUCGCUCCUGCAGUCGCAGCCGGUCCGCCGGACCCCCCUCCUCCACAACUUCCUCCAUAUGCUGUCCUCCCGCUCCUCCGGCAUCCAGGUGGGAGAGCAAAGCCCGGGGCAAGAUUCCGCCACCCCCUCACCCCCACCACCUCCACCGCCUCCCCCUCCGCCCGCCACGGAGAGCACCAGGACGUCCGCUCACACCAGGCUCCGCGAGCGGGUCGGCCACCCCGCAGCCGAGUGCUGCCAGCACCUGGGAAUGCUGUGCCUUUGCAGCCGCUGCUCUAGCGCGCGAAUUCCUUCUUCCCUCUUCCCUCACCAGGACGGCAGCGCCCCAUCCACCUCGGCCGGGCCCACGACCCCUUCCUUUUCUUCCGUGCAGACCGAGCCCUACCACCCCCCGGAGCAGGCCUCGUCGACGCAGCAGGACCAGGGCCUCCUGACCCGUCCGUCCGCCUUCAGCACAGUCCAGAGCAGCACCGCCGGCAACACGCUGCGCAACCUGAGCCUGGGGCCCACCCGCCGCUCCCUGGGGGGCCCCCUGCCCGGCCACCCGGCCCGGUACCACCAGGCCGGGAGGGAGCUGGCCCCGGGCCUGGGCGGCGCCGACUGGACCCGGACCGUGCUGAGCGUGAGCUCCCGCUCGGAGGCCGAGGCCAUGCCCCCGCCGCGGACCAGCGCCUCGUCGGUCAGCCUGCUGUCCGUGCUGCGGCAGCAGGAGGGCGGCUCGCAGGCCUCCGUGUACACCUCGGCCACGGAGGGCCGGGGCUUCCCGCCGCCGGGGCUGGCGGCCGAGGCGGAGGCCGCGGGCGGCGCCGGCCAGGGCAGCCCGGGCACCGUCCGCAACGAGCUGCAGUGCGACCUGAGGCGCUUCUUCCUGGAGUACGACCGGCUCCAGGAGUUGGACCAGGGGCUGGGGCCGGAGCCCGGCCAGGCCCAGCAGGCCCAGGAGCUGCUCAACAAUAACAUGGAGCCGGAGAGGCCGGGCCCUUCCCAGCAGCCCACCCCGCACAGCAGCGAGAACAACUCCAGCCUGUCCCGGGGCCACCUGAACCGCUGCCGCGCCUGCCACAACCUCCUGACCUUCAACAGCGACACGCUGAGGUGGGAGAGGACCACGCCCACCUACGCGCCCGCCGAAGGCGGCUCGUCCUGGCAGGUCCCCGGCGCCUUCGAGGGGGGCUCGGCCGCCGGCGGCGGCGGCGGGGGCGGCGGGGGCCAGCCGCCCCCCGCCGAACGGACCGAGGGGCGGGCCCCGGGCUCCAGCCGGCUGGAGCUGAGCGGUCCGGCCGGCCCGCAGGAGGAGAGGACUGUGGGAGUGGCUUUUAACCAGGAGACGGGCCACUGGGAGAGAGUUUACAGCCAGUCGGCUGCGAGUAGACCCGGGAAUGUAUCACAGGAGGCCUUAAACCAGGAAAUGCCUGAGGAGAGCUCUGAAGAAGAUUCGCUCCGGAGGAGGCUGCUGGAGUCUUCCCUCAUUUCAUUGUCCCGUUAUGAUGGAGCAGGGUCCCGGGAGCACCCAAUCUACCCAGACCCAGCGAGGUUAUCUCCUGCUGCAUACUAUGCACAGAGGAUGAUCCAGUAUCUUUCCCGGAGGGACAGCAUUCGUCAGCGCUCCAUGCGCUACCAACAGAACCGUCUCCGCUCUUCCACCUCCUCCUCUUCCUCAGAAAACCAGGGCCCAUCAGUAGAGGGAAAUGACUUGGAAUUUGAGGACUUCGAGGACAACGGCGACAGGUCCAGGCACAGAGCCCCACGUAACGCCCGGAUGUCCGCACCUUCCCUUGGCCGCUUUGUUCCCAGGCGUUUCCUACUGCCGGAGUACUUGCCUUAUGCUGGGAUUUUCCAUGAACGUGGGCAGCCUGGCUUGGCAACUCACUCAUCCGUUAACAGGGUCCUAGCAGGGGCAGUGAUCGGGGAUGGACAGUCCGCGGUAGCCAGUAACAUUGCCAACACCACUUACAGACUCCAGUGGUGGGACUUCACCAAGUUUGACCUGCCGGAAAUAAGCAAUGCCUCCGUGAAUGUCCUGGUACAGAACUGCAAGAUCUACAAUGAUGCCAGCUGUGACAUAUCUGCCGAUGGCCAGCUCCUGGCGGCUUUCAUCCCCAGCAGUCAGCGGGGCUUUCCCGACGAGGGCAUUCUGGCGGUAUAUUCCUUGGCACCCCACAACUUGGGGGAGAUGCUCUACACCAAGCGCUUCGGCCCCAAUGCCAUUUCGGUGAGCCUGUCCCCAAUGGGCCGGUACGUGAUGGUCGGACUGGCUUCCCGAAGGAUCCUGCUGCAUCCCUCCACGGAGCACAUGGUAGCCCAGGUCUUCAGACUGCAGCAGCCGCAUGGUGGGGAGACUUCCAUGAGGAGAGUCUUCAACGUCCUCUACCCGAUGCCAGCCGACCAGCGGAGACACGUCAGCAUCAAUUCCGCCCGGUGGCUGCCCGAGCCUGGGCUCGGCUUGGCCUACGGUACCAACAAAGGGGACCUGGUGAUCUGCCGGCCAGAGGCCUUAAACUCUGGUGUUGAGUACUAUUGGGACCAGCUGAAUGAGACAGUCUUCACCGUCCAUUCCAACAGCAGGAGCAGUGAGAGACCAGGAACCAGCAGAGCCACGUGGAGGACGGAUAGGGACAUGGGCCUAAUGAAUGCCAUUGGCCUGCAGCCCCGGAACCCCACCACCUCGGUGACGUCCCAGGGCACCCAGACUCUGGCACCCCAGCUGCAGAAUGCAGAGACGCAGACGGAGAGGGAGGUGCAGGAGCCGGGGGCGGCCUCCUCUGGGGCUGGCGAAGGUGAGGGGCCGGAGUACGGGCCCGGCGGCGAAGACGCCCUGAGCAGGAUCCAGAGGCUGAUGGCCGAGGGCGGCAUGACGGCCGUGGUGCAGCGGGAGCAGAGCACCACCAUGGCCUCCAUGGGCGGCUUCGGCAACAACAUCAUCGUCAGCCACCGCAUCCACCGCAGCUCCCAGACGGGCACGGAGCCCGGGGUCGCCGAGGGGGCCGCCCCCCCGCCCUCCACCUCGCGUGACCCGGCCGCCCCGCUGGGGCCGGUGACAGAGCAGGGCCUGAGCCCGCGGACAGCCCCCGGGGAUGGGCCCGGGGCCGGCGGGAGAGACCCUGCCGGUCCGGCCCCGCUCCCCCCAGACACUGAGGGACCAAUCCCCUACAGCGACCUGACCAAUAACAACCAUCUUCCCAACAGCACCGAGAGCCUCAGCGGAGAGCCGCGCAACAGGUAGAGAUGAAUGUGUGUGUUGGUGCCUCCCUUGUACUGCUAAGCAGAGACCUGUACCUCACAGCUGACCGGGAACUGUCCACGCAGAGAAGUUGCCGGCCCCCUCGGGGGCCAAACUAGGGGGAGGGGUGAAGCCGUCGGGUGCCUGAGCGUAAGGGGAGAAAAAAAAAGGAUCGAUGUCAGCCUCCCCCUCUCCCGCCGCCGCCGCCGCCACCCCCCUUUCCAACCAAGUGAAGCUCUACUUGGUUUCUGUUCGCUUCCAGGAUCCGAGAACAAAGUGUUGUCACGUAACCCCAUCAUUCCCCCCUCAACGGGGCCCGGGGACUGCCGUGCUCGUCGGCUCUGCCCUCCAGUCCCUAAGGCCUCGGACUCCACGAGGAAGCCCCACCCCUGCCUCCCAUCGGAGGCAUCUCUGACCUUGUGCCUGUCGCUUAGCAACCUCGAGGGCAGAGAGUCUUCCGGCCCUAGGGCCAGUCGGCAGCUUGAUAUCGGGUCAUGUUUGUGUGCGCGCCUCCCCUGCGUCCCGAGGUUUGGGGCCGAAGUGGCCGUCAGAAGCCCCUGGGGCAGGAGAGGCAAGGGACGGGGGCCCAGUGUCUCCUGCCCGAGCCGAGCCGGGGCCCGGUUUCCAGCUUCCAUCCGGAGGGAGCCGAAAGCCAGGUCCCCUGGGAGGAGCCGGGGGGGCCCAGGAGCCUCCCACAGUCAUCCGUGGGAACGGUCUCGGGGCGAUGGGGACGGACGACUCACCCCCCCGGGAGGGCGCGGGGCCGGGACGUAGCCCGAGUCGAGUCGGGGUUAGAGGCCGGUGUGACGGGGCUCACUCAGCCAGGAGGCCGGGGGAGAGCGGCCCCAGAGGCUCGUUUGCCGGGACGCACUCAAUCUAAAGCUCAGGGUCCCCUUCCCCCUCCCAUUCCCACCCCGUCCGUGGGUCCCCGGUGCGGCGGCACCUCUGUGUGACAGUAUUACAUGAGCCUGGACGGCGGCCCCGCCCCGGGGCCAGGAGCAGGGGAAAGGCUCCGGGAACAGCUUGAGGUACCGGUCUGUGACGUAAGGUGUUGCAUGUGAAAUCUUGAACUGUACAUGUAGUUUCUAGUGGAGAAAUCAAGGCUCUGACGCUAAUUUUGUUUUAGUAUAAAAUGUGAUUUCCUUUCUGUUUGUAACUUCAUCAUAGACACAUUUUGGUGGGAGGAGAGGGGGAUAGUCCAACUGCUAACGAGGGAAACACCAAAGAUCAAGUCAUUAAAAGAUGACAAACCCUG